AGGACCUGGCCCCUGGAGGCCUUGUGUGGCUCCAAUGGCAGCCUCCCAGUUGGCUGCACUGGAAGGAGAGGAGUUGGGGGCCGGCAAGCCAGCCCCGACCAAGGCCGGCCUUGCCUUGUAUUCCGAGGGCCAGCGCCUAGCCCUCGAAGUACUGCUGAGCAGUGGCGAGGAGGCCUUCCGGGCCUGUGUGCAACAGGAAAAGUUGUCCCCCUUUCUGAGUGUGGACGAGGCUCAGGCCCUGGCUGCAGCUGCUGAAGACUGGACAGUACCAAGCCAGGAGCCUGGUAAAACAGGCGUAGGAAGCACCAUCUCUGAUGGGGACAUUGGCAGCCUGACCUACUGGCCUGGGCAAUCUGAGGAGCCUGCACCCGUGCUGCGGCUGGGCUGGCCUGAGGACCCGGCCUGGAAGGGCAUCACCAGAGCACAGCUCUACACCCAGCCCCCGGGCGAGGGCCAGCCACCUAUUAAAGAGUUGGUACGCCAGGAGAUCCAGGCUGCUCGCAAGCUGGUGGCCAUAGUCAUGGAUAUGUUCACCGACCCUGACCUGCUCACAGACAUGGUGGACGCUGCCACACGCCGCUGGGUACCUGUCUAUUUGCUGCUUGACCACCAGCAUCUGCCUGCCUUUCUGACAUUAGCCCAGCAGCUAGGUGUAAACCCCUGGACCACUGAGAACCUGGACAUCCGGACGGUGCGGGGCCACACUUUCCAGAGCCGCCGGCGACGGCAGGUGAGCGGCCAUGUGCGGGAGAAGUUCCUGCUGCUGGACGGUGACAGGGUCAUCUCGGGAUCUUACAGCUUCACGUGGAGUGACUCACGCCUGCACCGGGGCCUGGUGACCUUGCUCACAGGGGAAAUCGCAGAUGCCUUCAACCAGGAAUUCCGGGUCCUGUACGCGGCCUCCAGGCCGCUCCCACCAGCACCAGCUCGAAGCCCCCUGUUCGGCCUUCAGGAGGGCUCACAGCUGCCCCGAAGCCCGCACCGUGUGGCCCUGCGCUGUCCUGUGGCCCCUGUGGCCCCACUGCUGCCUGAUGGGCCUUUGGCUCACCGCCUGGCUGCCUGUCACAUCCUUGAGGGGGACAGGCGGGAGACCCCCACCACCACAGGGCCAGCUCUCAGUGACAUCUUGAGGAGUGUACAGCGCAGCAGGACAGCCAGCGGUCCCCCAACUCGACCCAGCCGCUCCCUGUGGGAUCUUAGCCGCCUGUCCCAGCUCUCUGACUCCAGUGAUGGUGACAAUGAGCUCAGGAAGCCCUGGGGCUCCAAGGACACCCCAGCCAGGGCACUGAUGAAGCAACGGGGCACUGGAGGCGGGCCCAGGGGCGAGCUGGAUCCCCGGGCACAGCCCUGGGGCAGCCCCCUACCCUCCACUCCAGCUGGCCGCCACCGCCACCUGCGUUACCUGUCCCCAGCCCAGAGGAGAUUGGGAAACAAUGCCACCACAGACUGGGCCUCCGGUUCGGGCCCUAAAAGGAGCCGCUGAUGGGAUGGAUCCCUGCCAGCUGUGGGAGCGUUCACAUCCCUUAAGGGAUACUGGCUGUGUCUGAGGC